ACGAAAAAUUUUAAUCGACGGCCACGAUGCGCCCAAAGUGCCUCCUCGUUCUCGUCGUCGUCGUCAUCAUCCUUCCUCUGGCUGCCGCCCGUAUCACAACCCUUGUCGGCGGUUGGAAGCUCAUCGUGGCCAUAGAUGAGCAAAGUAUGCAUUAUGUAUUGCUAAUGUUUCAGGCCGCCUAACAUCAAUCUGAUUAUUGUUCUCAUCCAGGAUGCUUUGUAAUUGUGAUUUCAAUCAAUGUGUCGGUUAUUCCUAAAAAAAGUAAAGAGUCACAAAUGAAGAAAAAUAUCAAAACAAAUUAGUAAUUAGACCAUGCCGUAAAUAUAUCAAGAAAGCAAUGGCGAAAGAAAUCCCUGCACGAGCCAAUAUGGACAGUAAUAUCCAGGAUAGCACAAGUCAAUACCUAACCUUCCAUAUAUGCCAAACCCUUUACCUUCCUGCCCGUUAUGCACAUCCAAACCUAUAUUAUCUUGCCAUCCCCCAUUGCAGCUCAUCAGUCAUCAAUUGUCAUUCGUGGAGUGGAGCCAGUCGAAGAAACUUAAACAAAUUAAAGAAAGCAACGGUCACGAUGCGCCCUCACUGCCUCCUCAUCCUCGCCCUCGUCCUCCUUCCUUUGGUGGCCGCUGCCGCGGACCGACGGGGCCUUAUAACCGGCGGUUGGGAGCCCAUAAAGAACAUCAGCGACCCCCAUGUGAAAGAGAUUGCAGAGUUUGCGGUAUCGGAGUACAACAAGCAAGCCCAAGGCCAGAACAAGUUGGCGUUUGAGAGGGUCGUCCGGGGCGACAGCCAGGUGGUGGCGGGCAUCAACUACCGGCUUGUCAUUUCCGCUAAGAACAAGUCCGUGGCUGAUCCCGAUGUUGCCACUCCCGCGGACUACGAGGGUAUUGUGUGGGAGAAGGCUUGGGAGCAUUUUAAGCAGUUGAUGUCAUUUCAUCGAUUGUCAAAGCCCAACUAGGUUUCGGAGAAUAUGAUCAUCUUAUAUUUUAAUUGUUGUGUUUAUGCAAUCAUGUACUCUGGACUAUAGUUUGCUUGAAGUUUAUCAUCUUUCAUUAUAAUAAAUAAAUCGAGGGAAUAAUUGAUCUUCAA